GGAAAGCACUCGGUAAUCGCAGAAGCGAUUUUUCUCAUUGCUAGUGAAAUCAUCAGUCAAUAUGAGAGUUUUUUUUAAAUUAUCACUGUUUUUAAUCAACAAAGUGAGUGCCGGGAUUUCAAAAUGAAGAUUUAUUAAAGAGUGAUUCAAUCAAUAAUGAUUUUAUUAUCUGUUUUGUGAAGUGCUGAUAGUUUUUGAAAAGAGUGACAGAAAAUCGUUAUUACGAUGAUUCCUGGAAUUCAGAAACACUGCAACAUCCUCUCUCAAUUUUUCUAGAAUUAUAUAAAUUCACAAUAAGUAGACUCAAACCUGGGCACUUUUGUUUGAUUAAGUGAAAGUUCCACGGAAACGAAAUCCGGGAAGAUGUAAAAUAUUGGUAGGAUGGCACUGCUUCUGUUUUUAAAGAAGGCAAACAAACUAUUAAGAUUUAAAAUGAUAAAUUCAAGAAGAGAGGAAACUUUAUGAAAAUACUGAGCCGUCGAUUUAAUGGAGUCUUGCAGUAAGAAAAAAAGACGGGGAAGGAAGCUUGAUAACAAUAUAGGAUAUGAUGACCUAUAUCCUUGGAAUUUAUUUGGCGAUAACUUUCAUCAUUCAGGAAAACAAUGCAGAUACUUUUUCGGACGUAGUGCGAGAGUUAUUGGUAUCUGGGAGGGACGAUCUUGGCGAAAAUGGUAUAGUCUAUCCCAAAACAAAAGAUUCUGUACGGAGACAACCAAGGAUUUCCAAAGAUUUACCCUUUCCCUGUGAUGUUCGAGCAGGCAGGUCAUCUGUACCACCAUCUAGUAUCAAUCGGUUGAGACCUGGUGACAUUGAUGUUGUGGCCGGAUUGGGAGAUUCGUUAAUGGCAGGGAGUGGUGCAAUGGAAGAAUUUGCAAUUGGAGCUUUCAUCGAAGCUCGAGGUGUCAGUUGGUGUGUUGGUGGACAGGCAGAUUGGCGAACUUACUUGACUGUACCCAAUUUAAUGAAGGUUUUCAAUCCCAAGUUAACUGGUUAUUCUACGGGCACUGGCGAAUUUAUCUCAAAAAAGGCGAGACUGAAUAUCGCAUUUCCAGUUGCUGCUACUGAAGACGCUUUGCAUCAAGCCAGGAUCUUAGUUAAUAGAAUUAAAAGCGACCCUAAUAUAGACGUUAAAAAACAUUGGAAGAUGGUGACAAUAUUUUUUGGAGCCAAUGACAUUUGUUCGGCUCAGUGCUAUAAUCCUAAGGAUUUUUCGCCACUACGACAUGCCAUACAUUUACGAAGAACUCUAGAUUUUCUCAGGACCACCCUACCUCGUACCUUGGUAAAUUUAGUACCAACAAUUGAUGUAACUGUAUCUCUUAGAUCAUCGAGAAGUCCCAUGUGCAAUAUUUUACACCCACUUUAUUGUGCUUGUAUGCAUCAAGGCAAACGAUCAGACAUUGAAGCUUCAAAAAUGUCCCGUUUGUAUCAACAGGCUGCUGAAGCUUUAGUAACUUCAGGAAGAUAUGAUACGACUUCGGACUUUACUGUUGUCUUGCAACCCUUCAUGAAAUUAUUUAAUGCGCCAAACUCUGAUCCCAAUUUGGCACCCCGAUUGGAUUCGACUUUCGUCACUCACGACUGUUUCCACUUCAGCCAGAAAGGACACGCACUUGGCGCGAAUCUUCUCUGGAAUAAUAUGUUGCAACCAGUCGGAAAUAAAACUGACGCAGGAAUGCCAAGCAUUCUCGCAACAGUAUUAUGUCCAAGUGAACAAAAUCCGUACAUUUUUACAAACAUUAACUCCAAGUUUUAUUUCCAAUUUGGAAAUCAAGAAGGCCUGGAGCCAAGAUAAUAUUUUUGACUGUGAAUGGAUUUAGAUUAAAUAAGUUUUAUACUCUUUUAUAUAAAUAAUUGAAUAUUAUUCUGCCCAAAAAU